AUAUACACUCCCUGCGUCCGUAGUAUAUUCAUAUCUGUGGCUGUGGGCAGACUGAGAGAGUGUGAGGGUUAGGUAGGUGGAAGAUACCUUCAAAUUAAAUUCAUGAGAGAGAAGUAGAAGCCAAUUGCAAGUGUGAAAAGUCACAGCCGAGCUGAGCAAGACAGACAGAUAUGGCUUAUGCUGCCGUGACUUCCAUCUUGAACACCCUGGAUCAGUUCUUGAAUUAUAGUCCGAAUCUGUUCCUAGAAGAGAUCAAGUCCCUGCAUAAAAGGAUGUAUUCCUUGCAGGAAUUUCUGGAGUCCAGGGCCAUGGGAGGAAGGAAUAUCCAAAAGCUCAAAGUAGUCCACCAGGAAAUGGAAUCAAUCAUCAGAGAUGCAGCAUACAGAGCAGAAGAUAUCGUUGACUCCAAAGUAAGGGAAUUUCAUCAAUCAAUAACUGGAGAAGAGCAGAAUAAAGCUUGUGAAGAUCUUUGCCGGAUGCUACAACUAGUGAUAAAAGAGAUGGAAUCCACCAAAGAUGAUAUUUUGAACAAGAUUUCCCAAGGUCAAACCAAUGGCAACGGAAUCAAUCACAACUCCUCCGUACCGGUUUCUUUGAUCAGUAAUGGACUAUCCAUUCCAGAUCUGGAUGCUAGUAACUUAGUGGGCUUCAACCAGGAAUGGAAAAGAAUCAUGGAUAGGCUAACUGGCCACAAGAAGUCUAAUCUUGAUGUGGUCGCCAUUAUUGGCAUGGGUGGAGUUGGUAAAACCACCCUUGCUAGAAGAGCUUAUAAUGAACCUCUGCUCAAGGAUCAUUUUGAUUGCAGGGCAUGGACUACAGCAUCUCAACAGCAUAAUGUGAGAGGUAUGCUGCUUCACCUUUUAUUUUCCUUCAUGCCUCCAUCCGAGUCGCUUUACAGAAUUAGCAAUGGAGACUUAGCUUUUAAACUGUAUCAGCAAUUGAAAGGUAUGAGAUAUCUGAUUGUUAUAGAUGAUGUAUGGAGCCCUGAUGCCUGGGAUGCUGUGUUUAGAUCAUUUCCGGAUGAUAAAAACCAAAGUCGCAUUAUCUUAACUAGUAGAUAUACUGAGAUAGGAGCUUAUGUUAACCCUCAGAGCCAACCCCACCUGUUGAAUUUGUUUGACAAAGAUGAAAGUUGGAAACUGCUUUGCAAGAAAGUAUUUGGAAAAGGAAGAUGUCCUGAUGAACUGGUGAGUAUAGGGAAGGACAUUGCAGAAAAAUGCCGAGGCUUACCACUAGCAAUUGUUGUAGUUGCAGGGCACCUCUCUAAGAUCAGCAAGACAAUACAAGGAUGGGAGAGCGUUGCCAGAAACAUAGGCCAAAUUUUGAGUGAAGACCCGAAGCAGUGCUUGGAUGUACUUGCUUUGAGUUACAAACACUUGCCUCAACAUUUGAAACCUUGCUUUCUCUAUUUGGGAGCCUUUGCAGAAGACUCUGAGAUUCCUUUGAGGCGGCUGAUUAGGUUGUGGAUGGCGGAGGGGUUUCUCAAGGGCUCAAAAGAAAAGAGCUUGGAAGAGGUAGCAGAGGACUGCUUGGAGGAUCUUAUUCAAAGGAGUUUGGUUAUGGUUGGAAGGAUAAUCAAUGGAAGAAUCAAGACUUGUCGCAUCCAUGAUGUCCUGCGUGAUUUGUGUCUCAAAGAGUCUCAAAAAGACAACUUUCUUCACGUGCUUGUGGAACAGCAUCUAGAAAUUGCUCCUCAAGAUAUACUUACUCAACGUCGUGUUAGUUCCCACUGUCAAAACAUUUCCACAAAACCUUCUUCUGAUCAUGUUGUUUCACUUUCCCGUUCCUUUCUUGCCUUCAAGGUUUCAGCUGGUUCCUUCCUUCCCAGUAUGAAUUUCAAGUUGCUGAGAGUGCUAGACAUCAUGUCAUUGCAUCAUAUUAGUUUUCCAGAUGAGAUAGUACACCUCAUCAACCUCAGGUACCUUGCACUAACCCCUUGUGAUACUGAAAUUCCAGCAUCAAUAUCCAAUCUUUGGAGCCUACAAUGUUUGGUUCUUUGUUUUGAAUCUGAUGGACCAGCUUUACCGCCAGAAAUUUGGAAGUUACAACAGCUUAGGCAUCUUCAUGUUAAUACUUGGGUUUCUCUUCCCCAGCCUACAUCUAAGUCCUCACAUUUACCAAAUUUGCAAACACUUUCUAAAAUAAGCCUUUCCAGUUGCACCAAGGACGUUUUUUCUUCCACUUCAAAUCUAAAAAAACUGGCCAUUUCUGAAAUAGUCGACACUUUGAGUUCCCCAACACAGAGCCACUGGCCUGAAACAUUUCAAAGUUCAGCCUCGCAGAAAUUUUAUGAGACCGAGAGCCUCUGGCCUGAAACAUUUCAAAGUUCAGCCUCCCAGAAUUGUAACCAAACUGAGAGUCUCUGGUCUGAGUGUUUCAACAAUUUUGUUCACUUGCGUCAGCUUGAGAGACUGAAACUGGUCUGCUCAAGCCAAUCAUUCACUGGAGAGCCACCAUUGUUACACCAUCUAAAAGCUUUUCCAACAACUCUCAAGAAGUUAAGUUUGAGCUUCAGCCGUCUUCCAUGGGAACAUUUUAGGCUUCUUGGUGAGCUACCCAAUCUUGAGGUGCUAAAACUCACCAGCUAUGCCUUUACCGGACGAAAGUGGGAACUUGUUGACGGUCAUGAAUUCAGGCAACUCAGGUUCCUACUACUAGGGCUUACAGAUUUAGUGGAAUGGGAAACCGAUAGUUGUCUCUUUCCAAAACUGGAACACCUUGCUUUGAAGCAAUGCUAUGCGCUGAGUAGCAUACCUUAUGCCAUUGGGGAAUUUCCAAAUCUGAAAAAGUUGGAGCUACAUGAAUGCUGCCCUGAUGCAGAGAGUUGUGCAAGAGAAAUUCAACAAGACCAGAUUGAUUUGGGGAAUGAUCAUCUUGAUGUUAUCAUUGUUGAUAGACAAUAUCAGAUAACACUACUGCAAAGUACAGAAAAUUAUGCCACUGCUGUGCAGAAUUAUGGAAAAUGAUUCUCUGUACGUGUGUUGGGUGCAUAAGCAUUUGUUUUUGAUCUUAUGUUGUCAUUCUGUAUUGUGUGUAGGAUGCAUAAGCAUUUGUUUUUGAUCUUAUGUUGUCAUUAACUCAUUACAGUUGUCUCUGCAUAUUACAACUGUCUUCAACCACAGUCCACGUAUGCAGUAGUAGCCAUUAAUAUUCAUAGAUCAUAGAAACCUGGUUUAUCGCUU